AUGAUGCGUGAGAAGCGCCUGCUCACCGGACUUUCUUCGCCUCAGAUCACUCGCCAUCUCUCUGGGAGGUGCUUUCGAAGGAGCGCUAGCAUUUCAUGCACGGCCGACGCUCUUCGUAUGCAACAGCAGAGCAAGAACAAGACGCUGUCACAUGAAACACAUGAGGUCCCUCUUAUCCGCUCACUGCCUGCCAAAGGUCUUUGA